CUUUCACUCCCCCCUCCCACCACUCUACUGCCUGGUCGUGUCUAUAUAAAUUGCCGCUGACAUUCAGAUUUUCCGCAGAGUAUGUUAGCUGACAGUUAUUAAUAGAUUAUAGAUAUGUUAAUUUUGUACGGUUUGUUAUUUUUAUCGACGUCAGUCAUUUCAAUACCUGCCGAAAACACUACGCCACAGGUGUCAUUGACAUUGUAUUAUGAAACUUUAUGCCCUUUUUGCCAAAAUUUUUUCUCAAAUGAACUAGCUCCAACAUUCCUCGAUAAGGAUUAUGGCCCACUCUUCAAGUACCUUAACUUGGUACCGUUUGGAGUCGCUGAAGUAAUGAAUUCCACAGCUCACAAGAUUGUCUGCCAACAUGACGAAGUCGAGUGCCAAGGGAACAGAUUCCACUCCUGCGCCAUCAAACACAUUAAAGAUAAAAAAGCCCUUGUGAAUUACAUUAGCUGUCUGAUGGAUUCGGUUGAGGUGGAUUCUGAGGAGGAUGAAGAGUAUCCUGUGGACAAGUGCCUAGAUAAAGUUCCUGAUGGGCUCUUCCCAAAGAUCAUGAAAUGCUACAACUCUGAAGAGGGGUGGAAAUUGUUGGAAGAAUAUGGAAAAAUGACUAAAAAAUUCUUCAAUGACGGAGAAGAGUUCGUGCCUUAUGUAUCUUUUAAUAAUGAAAAAAAUGAUGAUUUAGCAAUGGAAGCCAUUGAAGACCUCAAGAAAAUCAUGAGCCGUCUUACUGGCAAACAGUAUUCAUCUUCAUCUGAAGAGGAAUAUGACUAAAUUGUUGCAUUAUAAGUUUUAACAGUUCAUGAAUAGGUUUUAUUUCAUUUACACCAGACACAAGAAAUAAAUAAAUGUUCUGUUUUCUUG